GUUGAACUGCGCACGCUUCGUUUCCAAAAGACUACCUACUACAACUAUCGAUCUAAAAAGGUUCGUGUUUUAACUCAGCAGGUCGUCGUUAAAACCGUAAAUAACGUCAAAAGUCGUAAAACGUCAGGUUUUAAAAAAGAAAAAACUAUAAAACCAAAUUUUACUUUGAAAAUGACCCAUUUUAAAAGAAAAGCUACAUAACAAUUAUGAGGUUCCGCAAGUUGAAAUUACCAGUGAAAGGAAGAAAGUUGAAGAGUUAAGAUCUAGACAAAAAAAUUAUAGUGUUGUAGUCUUCCUUCUUCGUUUAAAAGGAGUUUGAGGACGAUUGAUUUCGUUUUUGAGAUUUGAAAUAAAUUAAAGCCAAAAAAAAUAGAAAAACAUGGGGGAAAGCACUUAUCCUUUAAACAUCGAUAUCAAUAAACCCAGAUAUGACCAAGACAAUUAUUCCGGUCGAGCUAAACAUUUUUUGGCAACCACCAAUCCCUUGAACAUUUUCGCAAGCAACAAAAGUUUAGAAAGGGCCCGAAGCAUCGUUAAUGCAUACAAAUGUAAAAAUCCACUUCCUGAAGGUAUGACGACUGACGAUCUUUGGCGCGCUAAAACAUUAUACGAUUCGGCAUUUCAUCCUGAUACUGGCGAAAAAAUGCCUUUAAUCGGCCGAAUGUCCGCACAGGUACCCAUGAACAUGUUAAUAACCGGGGGGAUGAUGUGUUUUUAUAGGAGCACCCCUGCCGUAAUUUUUUGGCAAUGGCUAAAUCAGAGUUUUAACGCCGUUGUUAAUUACACGAAUCGUGGUGGUAAUGCGAAAAUUAGCGAUAAGCAAUUAAUUUAUUCGUAUGCUUUGGCAACAACUGGUGCAGUAACCACUGCUUUAUCACUUAAUAGAAUAUUUAAGAAAGCGCCUUCCCUCGUUCUUAGAUUCGUUCCUUUCGUUGCUGUUGCCGCCGCUAAUUGUGUUAAUAUUCCCUUAAUGAGAGCACAAGAACUUAAAGAUGGAACUCCAGUUUUUGAUCAAAAUAACAAUCAACUUGGUUAUUCAAAGAAUGCUGCCCAGGAAGGUAUUUGCCAAGUAAUUUUUUCAAGAGUUAUGAUGGCUGCUCCCGGAAUGGCUUUAACACCAUUUAUAAUGAACCAUUUGGAACGUAGAGGAACGCUUUGUCGUUAUCCAUGGUUAAAUCUGCCGAUGCAAAUAGCACUUUUAGGAUUAUUUUUAACAUUUGCAACACCGUUAUGUUGCGCUUUGUUCAAACAGAAAGCGGAAAUACCCGUGAAUCGAUUGGAGGAGCCGCUCAGGUGUAAGGUGAAGAAAAUGUUGGGAGUCGACUGUCCAAAAUAUGUUUAUUACAAUAAAGGGUUAUAGGUAAAAAGUUUCGAAAUGUAUCGUAAUAAAAGGAUAAAUGUUAGAUGAAUCGUGGUCGUAGCAUACAAAAUGUAAUUGUGACAAUAAGUGAUUAAUAAUAAAGAGAAUGAAAUCAUGGAAA